AUGACUGUUCCGGAGAACGUACUGACGACGCAUAAAAGAACGAUAGAUGGAUGUUCAUUAUUCAAUAUAAUACCGCGAGAUAUUGCGAGGGCGUGGGAACCGCAGCAUAAAUUAUGGGAGGGAAAGCUGAUAGUGGAAGAGCUAACGUAUUUGGACGGUAGUAGCUAUUCGAUGGUGAGUAGGCCGUCUUUAUAUCGAUUUCAGUUCUUAUCUGAGAAGGAAGUGGUUGGAGUUGAUAGGGAGGAGGCUGGCGAGGGUCGACUGUUCUGUGAGACUCAGGUUAUCAAUAAUCUGGAGGAGCUACAGACGGUACUGAAAAGGACGGAGAAAUGGUUUCAGGUUGCGAUGCUAUGUGAAGGUCAACAGCGAUAUCAGAUUGCGCUGGAGCUACGCAUACAAGACACAUAUCAGAAACAGCUGUUCGAGGACAUCCUGCUGAGGAUACAAGACGAAUACGAGUUUUUCGACGAGAUGCAGUAUUAA